AUGUCAUCGUUAAGCGAGAAUUUCGCGAAAAAAUCGAAGGAAAAAGAAAGCCAAAAGGGCUCAGAACGUCAAGAAAUGAAAUUUGGCGAGUCGUUAGCAUCGUGUUCGGACACAGAAUGGGAUAGAGCUGAUCCAGCUUAUGCAUCCGAACUUAUCAAUGUGAAAAAAAAAGCUGAUAAGGUAACAGUUUUUACUGGGCCGAGUUCGAAAACAAUUGAACGGACAAUCAUUCGAACCGAUACCCUUUCGGAAAAUCUUGACGAGAACGCUGAUGCAAUUGGACGGAUGGCAUCCGCAGUUGCGCACAUUUUUCUUUCCGACAAAACAAUUCCAUCUGUGAAUGUUUCCAUCAAUCUUCAAGAGAUUUCGAAUGGAUCUCAAACUUCUACUGAACCAAGAAUAUCAUGA